AUGAACGAACGAGAAUUUUUAAAUAUUUUGGAUGUUUAUUAUAACCAAGAUGAAGAAAUAUAUAAUUUAUAUAACUAUCAAAAUUCAUCUUUAAUCGAUAUUUGGUCCCCUAAGAAAGGAUUUUUAUACAACAACAAUCUUUAUCCUAUUAAUAACAACUUUCAUGAAAUAACAAUUCGAAUUACUGGAUUUAAUUAUUUACCGUACGUUAUUUUUGGCGCCCAAAAAUCUUUCGGGAUCGAUAUUAACCUCCUGAAGCUUUUUUCGACGAUUUAUAAUGCAUCUUUAAUUAUUUUGCAAGAAAAGGAAGAAAAUUGGCAACGUUUAUAUGAAUUGGUUCGUGAAAACCAAGCUGAUGUAGCUUUAGGUGGCUUUCAACUUACGAGAAUUUACAAAGAUUUAGAUCUGACAACGGUUUAUUAUUACACGAAAUUUAAAGCACUCGUUCCAAAACCAAAGUUAUUACAAGGAACUUUAGCCCCUUUUAGGGCUUUAUCCCCAGGAAGUUGGAUUAUAUUGACGUUAUUAUUCAUUACAUUUAUUGUAAUAAUAACUUUAAUUAUUUAUAAAUCUCAAUUUUAUCAAAAAUCCAACAUUAUUAAAAGUUGGUUAGCAAUUUAUGGGAUGUUCUUCUCUCAAUCUCCAUCAAUUCCAAGUAUUUUACUUACCUUUAAAAGCAUCUUCGUUUGGGUUCAUUUAACAAGUUUCAUUGUCGCCUCUAUUUAUAACAGUGGAGCUGCUAGCAUAUUAAUUGUUCCAAGUUAUGAACGUGCAAUUAAUUCUAUUGAGGAACUAAUCGAGUGCGAUUUAAAACUUGGGACGUUUAACAUCGAAGAAUUUUCUUUACCUUUAUCUUCAUCUGAAUUUGUAAUAUUUAAUUUUUACUAA